ACUAAAUAUUUUAGAUUCGUGGCCUAUGUUUACAUUGGUUGCGUAGCUGGCCGGCCAUGUUCGAGCAGACUGGGCCACAUGCCACUAACCUGCUGGUGCUGAAGAAUAUUUUGUGCCUUGUCUUUGGCGUCGGGGUGUUGUGGACCAUUGUGCUGUCAGGGUACGAGCUAGCCUCCUCCUUGUACUCCCUCAGAGCCUACAGCCUGUUGGUGGUGCUGCUGGAGGGAGUAUGCCGCUACUUGACACCCGCCUCUUCCUCUGAGAUAAGCGCCAUAGCCAAAGCCAAGACCAAAAAGCAUUCCAAAAUAUUUGAGACCUUCUUGGUGGUGCUGCUGAGUGUCUGUUCCGUGAUUGGUACCCAUGUGGUGGUUGUGCUGUUUGGUGCAUAUGUAAUUGAGAAUAUUGAGGCAACCUUUACUCUCAGUCUACUAGUGGCAAGUUUAGCAUUCAUCAGACCUCUCAUCACACUUGGACGCUCUGCUGUAAUAAAUCUUUUGGAAAGGCAAAACAUUGAGAGUGAAGUGAAAAGCUUUGCUGUGCUGGUAGCAACCUGGGCAGGAGCUUUUCCCAUUCCCCUUGAUUGGGACCGCCCUUGGCAGGUGUGGCCUCUUACUUGUAGUAUUGGAGCAAUUCUUGGUGAGCUUGGAGCCUCAGUGUAUUUCCUGAGUGUGCUUUGGAGCAAGGGAGGAACACAGUGGAAGAAUAAGGCGAGGUAAAGUGGAAAACAUUUUUCCAAACACUUCACUGGAGAUCUCACUGGAAGAAUAAUAGUUCCUUUUAGACUCCUAAAGUGGAGGACCUUAAAUGAACAGUGUGAGCAAAGAGUGCCAGGAACUGAAAGAUCUGUAUGACAGGUGUUUCAACCAGUGGUAUGGUGAGAAGUUUCUCAGUGGGCAGACGGAUGACACCAGUUGUGAACCAGUCUAUAAGCAAUAUCAGCAGUGUGUAAAGGAUGCUCUUAAAAAGUUGAAGAUUGAAAUCCCUAAAAUAGAAGAUCCUUCAGCAGAUGAUAAGCCAAAGGAGUGAAGAAUAUCAGUGAUAGAUAUUUGAGGCAUAUGAAGUGGCAUUGAGAUUUCUUUAUAGUGUCUUUUUAUGGUCUGCCUUUUCAUCCCUUAAAAUCUUCAUAACGAGAAAAGCCCUUGCAGGCAUUUACAGUUUUGGGAAUCCCUUAUAGGUGUUAAUAUAUUUACAAUGUUUAAGAAGAUCCGCAGUUCCAUAAGCCACUACUACCGGCAGUAUGAACUCAACACAGCUAUAUAUAUGCUGGAGCCAAGAGAGAAAAUGGCUAUGAAUAUAUUCUUCUUCUCCAUUGUUGGCCUCAUUACAUAUUCUUCAUUCUUCUACUUGCCUCAUUACACUUCUACAAUGCUGGCUUUCUUUGGUCUCAUUGAUAUGGGCAACUGAGUAGGAAUAUACCUCUAGAUGCAUGACCAUGUUAUUCUAAUUAGCAAUUUUUUUGUGAAUGUAAUUCUUAAUUCUCUCAUAUGUUGAUCCAUCAUGGCUUCAGAGCAAAAGCAAGUAAGGAUAUUGACAAAGAGUGAACAGAGACAAACUAUCAAGGGAAUUCACAAGCCUAAGAAGAACAUUAUUAAGAAUUAUCUUGAAAGCCCAUUUGCUCUUGAAUGGCCAGAACUCACCACUGGUGAUGAGGAAGCAAUCACUGCUUUGAUACAGAAGAGCUGUGCAGGGCUGAGGAAAUUGGAAUGCAAACCUCCAUGGAAACAGGUAGCUAAAUAUAAGGGAGCCGAAAGAAAAUCAUUUCUAAAGGAAUGUCAUAUGAAGUUUCUAGAGAAUUUAGAUCCUGAUGGUAAAAAACAGAAUGACAAGAGGAAGGAAGCACUGUCUCAUUUGAUAUUUGGCUACAAUGCAGUGAUGAGGGCCCUGGAAAAAGAUGGUGUUGCUGGAAUCUUGGUGAAAAAAAAUGUUGAUCCUGUUUUUGUUACAAAGUCUUUCCUGCCUGGGUGUGCCAGGAAAUGCAUUCCACUGGUCCCUUUGAAUGAUCUGGAUAUGAUACUGAAAGAUAAGGAAACACUGAGUCUUUCCCAUGCAUGCAUGGCUCUUGGAUUGAAAACAUCUGUCAAGGAAGAGUCAAAUUUAUUUUUCCCAUUGUAUAUCAAGAUGUGUGAAGCUCUUAAUGUGGAAGAGGAAGAUAUGAAUGAAGAUGUUUGUGAAAAUGAGCUAGAAAGUUCUGCUGCUAAUAAUCUAGAAAAUAAGAAUUCAAAAUGUUCUUAUAAACUAUCAGAAACUAAAAUAAGAUCUUACCACCUAAAACGAAAUGGUAAGGGCACACGAGCAUUUACUCCACAUGCACAAGAGCUUGAAGUUAGGGACUCAGAUUUGAAUAUGGAUUUUGCAGGGUUCAAGUCCUUCGAUGCUCAGAACAACAGAUUCAGACAAGAUGAUGCAGAAUCAAGAAAAACAGUUGAGACCAAAUUAAAGAAUUUCAAUAGAGCAGCUGCAGUUAGUGAAAACUUUGACUUUAGCAGUGUGAUUCUUAUUGAUGCUUCUGGAGAUGAGAACCACUCAAUUGAAAGUGACAAGGUGAAGGAUAAAGCCUCUGAUGUAGAGAAACUUCUAAACAAAGCUUCUCACAAAACAAAGCAAAAAGCCAAAAAAAUAGGCAAUGUUCCUUAUGUUUCUGCCAAAACCAAACGACUGAAAGGAAACCCUAAUAGGAAAAGUAAGCGUAAAUAAUUCUGAGUUAUGCCACACAAAUGAUGCUGUGGUGUGCAAGGCUAUUUUGAUGGGCUGCACUUUGGAUCAGAAAGAUGGGUGCAACAUAUAUUUAGAUUUAUUUGAUUCUUUUUUCACUCGAAUAUUUUGUUAGCUUAUGUUGUAGUUAUAUGAUUCUUACACUACUGUUUGAGUGCACAAGACAAAUUAUAAUUAAAUUAAAUAAGUAUCAUGUUGAUGUGCAGUUGCUAAUGACAUUCCAGUUUCUAUCUUUGAGUAUUUCACCAUAGUAUGUACAGUGGAACCUAAGUUACCGAUCGCUUCCCUUUUCAAACUAGUUUUUGAAUAAAAUUUUGAAUUCAUAACUGCUUUGAUUGCCAUACCAUAGUUUGGUUUUCAAACAAAGUUACUUGAUUUAAAAUAAUAAAAGACAUUGCAAAAAAUGCCAUUUGUUACUAAUUUAUAGUUUAUAAAUAUUUCCUUCAUUUUUAUGUAUUUGGAGGAGAGAGACAGUGGGUAAAACAGUAAUUCAAUCUUUGAAAUAAGGAAAAUGUGACCCCGUUGAAGGGCCUUGAUAUAAGCAGUUUUCGGCACUCAGGAGUAAUCCCAAGCCACCUGUGGCUCUCUUGAUGACCCACAAUGCCAUCACUAUUGCACACUGUAUUUUCCCAGCAGCUUUUCUCAGCAGCAAGAUGUCUAGGCAUUAUGAUCACCUUCAGUUUGGCAGUAAGUGUUUUGCUCUUCUCUGUGUCACUCUGUAAGGUGACAAAGAGAAUACCUACACGAUCUAAACAAUAUCUUCUGAUGAGUUCUGUGUCACUAAGCUCAUUCCUUUUUGCUGAUAAGUAAUUUCUGAGCUGGAGGUUUUGUGGAGCAGCCGUCUUGGCUGUGGGAGCACCUGUCAUAAGGAGACUGGUGUCCGGGAAUGGAUUAAACCAUUUUACAUUGAUUCCUAUGGGGAAAAUAGUUUUGGUUUCCAAACGUUUUGGAUUUCGAACAGCAUUCAGGAACAAAUUAAGUUCGAGAACUGAGGUUCCACUGUACUUGUAUUACCAUCACAAUGGUGUUUAAUAUGAGUCUCAUGCAUAUUUAUCCUUUAUGCAAUAUGGAGCUGUUAUCAUAAUGUAAUUGAAAUUGCUAAUAUGUUUAUUAAGAGAUUCUAAAUUGUCUUCAUUCUGAAAAAAAAAUCCAAAACUUCAAAACCAUAGAGCUGUGUAUUUCAGUUUUUAUGACUGCAUGAUCACACUCUGAGCAAAUCAGAGCUUAGCUAAAGAAAAUGUAAUGAAUGAACAAAAUAUUUGUAAGCACUUCAUUUGACACUUAACACUCUUCAGUUGCAUUUUAAGUAAUAAAAGAAAGUGUAUGUAGAUUAACAUAAGCAUGAUUUUGUAAAAAUUAAAUUGUAGCCAAUGGCAUGAGACUUUAGAAUGACUGAUCAUGUUGCAUUAUGUAUAAGACAUCAGACAAUGAAUGUGACAUUAUGCAUUGUUUAAGAAUUGUUCCCUUCCAGUGAAUAAUUGGGACGUAUUGCAUGAAAUUUGGUUUUAUGGAUUUAUUAUUUUUUUGUGUAAUGUUAUGAACUAUUUGUUGACAUUUACAAUCACUUACCAGUAAAAAAUGCACUCA